GUCUGAAUGUCCCGACUAUGAUCUUUGCGAGAGAUGCUACAAGAAAGGGCUUCACCCGCGAUCCCAUCACAUGCUUCCCAUUGUAGAACCAGAAGAAUCAACUUUCCUCAAGCCAAUGGCUUUAGAGGAUUCGGCCACGACAGUCCUUGGUCUACGCGUUUACACACACAAAUCCGUCUCUUCAUUCUUGGAAGCUCAGCUCAGACAUGGGUCCUUGCGGACCAAACCUCUUUUCCCAUCGGCUCAAGUGCUAGCACUCUUCCUCGAGUCAACAAAGCCAACCUGGUUAGUCUUCACUGGCCCCAGCAUCAUGCAUCUUUUACCCCUCUUCACCCUCUCCACACUCUUUGUAUUCGUCUAUGCGAAACAAAUACCGCUAGAAGGAGAUGGAGAGAUCCAAGGAUAUCCGGGGACACGGUACACCGCACACAACUACCGACCCAUCUGCGGCCUCAUGGCCACCGAACAAUUCAACCAAACGUUCUACAUCAAAGAAGACUGUGAAGCCGCCAUCCACCAAUUCCGGGGUACAGACGACACAUUUGCGCUCUAUGAUCGGUCAGGAGUACGCAAAUCCGACACGUUUCCUAUCGCGCGAGACGACGACGUGUGCAUGUGCUACGCUCUCGCCGACCUCGAUGGACGAAAGGCCAGUUGGUGUAUAUUGGUGUUGAAAGAUGGAACGACGAGUGAUUAUAUGGAUAAUUCGUUGUUUGUGUGGGCUGGGUAUCCAUUUGCGAUUGGGAGUUUUCAGUUGGCGACGAAAGCGUUGCCGCAUUGUUUUGAUAUUGAUACGGCGGAGGUGAUUAGUUCGUUGGAUGCGGCGGGGGAUGCGACGCAUUUGCAGGUUGAGCCUGCUACGAGUACGACUGUCGAUUCGGGGGGUGGAGAUCCUUCGCAGACCGACACCCUAGGGGGAUCUAAUCCUAGCUCUACUUUGACUGUGAGCACACGUUCCUCUACAUUUGUGAUAUCAUACUUACCGUCUUUAGCGACAAUCGACGGGCAACAAUAA